CUCCUACUACCACCUUCGUCAUUCUCCUUGGCUAGAGUGUGCUGUAGUGACUAUAACAGAUAGCGUGUCGUUGUUGCCAAAAGUGGUCUAUACAGAUUGGCCCUCUUUUCGCUAUCACGGAGCUCUUCUCCUCACUGUUGCGUCUCUCUCUUCAGGCUCUUUGUCUCUCUCUGAGCUCACUCUCACGGCGAACAUCUCUCCUCAUCGUCACUUCUGCACUUCUACUCGGUUGUCACCUCUAGAAGGUCUACUUGGCCCUUUUUUCCUCGCUCCUCUACAUUGCUCGAGGGUCUACUCAGAGCUUUUGGCGUCGCCGUUGCAAACGGUUGCUCGUUGGCCCUAUUUUUGUCGGUCGCAAAUGGUUGCUUGAUCCUCUUCAAGCGCGUCCUCUUUCUCCUUGAAUCUCUUCCUGGAGCCUCGUUGUGAAAUAUCUGCUCGGAGCCUCGCUAUUCCAACUGAUCCUCUUCUACAGUUUCUCUCUCACUGUGUCUCUAGUAAGUCACUGCUCCUCCAAUUUCAAUUUCUAAGAUUCUGACUUAAGAUUGUGUUCUAAGUUGAGUUGUUCCUUAUGUGAUUUGAAUGCUGAGUUUGGAUUCUUUGCUUAGUUUUUCUGAUUUUGGCAUAGUUGUAAAAGGAAUCGACCUGGUUGGUUGGACCAAAAAACUGGUGAACCGGUCAUGAGAUUGGUUCGGGCAAAGCAUAAGACCGGAUAAGAAAAAGAAUUGGUAAAAACCGGUUUGAUCUGGUCAGUUUUGAUAAAACCAAUGAACCGGCAGGGUUGAGAAACCCAGACCGGUUCAAUUUUUCAAAAAAAAAAAAAAAAGAAAAAAACCUAAUCCAGCUAAGGAUCCCCAGUCCACUCUCACACUCUCACUCUAUACAGUCUGAGAGAAAGGGGAGAACGCGGCGCCUCAACCUUUUCCCUCUCACCGCACGGUCGCCGGUUCGUCCUGCGCCUUCACUGCUGUCCAGUCGUCUGUGUCUCUGUCCGCGUCUGUCGUCUCCGUUCGCAUCGCGUCGUCCCUGCGCCUUCAUUGCGUCCGGCAGCUCCUGCGCCUUCACUGCGUCACCUCGCCUUCCCUGUUUCACUCCUUUCCUUCUUUGUGGUUUGAGCGAAGCCGUCAAAAACCGCGAAACACAACACGUCAACACCCUGAGAUCUGCAACAGCUUCAAUCUCUCUCUCACUCUCGGCUCAGAUCCCACGCCGAUCUUCCUCAGCUUCCGUCCCUGAGAUGCAAAUUUGGGACUUUUCAGGGCAAACAACCCAGUUAUUCAUCAAUGACAAAAUGACAAAUGAUUCUCUUUGUCAACUUGGAAAGGAGGUAGAUGUUGAUUUGUUUUUUUCCUUUUUAUGUUCCUUUUAUGCAAUUUUGUUGUUCACGAAUUUUUAAGUUGGUGGUCCAAGAAGCUGGUAAGAAACCUGUUGUUAGUAGAUAGUUGGAUAUUUAAGUGAAUGUGUGUUUCUGAUUGUUCUUAAUAUUAGACAUUUGGUUCAAGAACUAUUCAUAGUCAAUUGUGCUUAUACUGUUAUUGUUUGUCCAUCUUUAUAUAGAUUCUAUUGACUAUUUUUUAUUUUUUAUUUACGUGGAAACGAGUUAAUCGGUCCACCGGUUGAACCAAUGAUUCAGUAAUUUGAUCGGUUCGAUCACCGGUUCGGUUCUGACAACUAUGGUUUUUGGAUUCUUUGGCUUUGGAUGAUGAGUUUUCUGUUUUUGAAUUUUUGUUGUUGAAUACUUGGUUAGAAGUCUUUGUUAAAAUUUGUUGUGAUUUUGAAUUCUUUGUUGCCGAUCGUUUGAGUUUUUAUGUAAGUUUAUGUUUUUCAUUGUUGCUCAUUACUUAAUUAUUAGAAGUUAUUGUUGAAAUUUUUCGUUCUAAAUUUUUGUUGCUGAUGUGAUGAGUAUUGUUGCUGAUUACUUGAUUAGAACUUAGAAGUUAAUUAGAAAUUUUUUAUUUUAUGAAUUUGUAAUGAUAAAAUAUGAACAAAUUAUUAUGUGAAAUUGUAAAAAUUUGAAUUUUAUUAGCUUAAAAAUAAAUAAAUUUGCGUUGCUGAUGUGAUGAGUAUUGUUGCUGAUUACUUGAUUAGAACUUAGAAGUUAAUUAGAAAUUUUUUAUUUUAUGAAUUUGUAAUGAUAAAAUAUGAACAAAUUAUUAUGUGAAAUUGUAAAAAUUUGAAUUUUAUUAGCUUAAAAAUAAAUAAAUUUGAAUAUUUGAAAUUGUCUAUUAAAUUUUUAAUAAUUUUAUUAUAUAUUUAAUUAAACUGGUUCAACUACGGUUCGGUUCUGGUUGAAUCAUUGAACCAGUUACUUGACCGGUUCAGUUCUGGCAAUCUUGGUCGAACUAAUUUACAUUUAUAAAGUUUUUGCUUGCUCAGGUAAUCAAUAAAAUUAUUUUGUUAAAAAAGAAUGUUAUAAAGUUGGAAUUAUUUUUUUAGAGAAAAAGACAAAUAAGUUCCUGACUUUUUAAUUUAAAGACACAUAAGUCUUUGACUAAUUAAAAAUAUAAAAAUGUCCUUCACCUUCUAAAAUGCGAGACAUUUAAGUUCCUCCGUCCAAAAUAUAUGAGGACAAAUAGGUCUCUCGGAGGGACUUAAAUGUCUCGCUUUGUAGAAAGUGAGGGACAUUUUUAUAAUUUUAAUUAGUUGAGGACUGAUGUGUUUUUUCUUUUUUUUUUUUUGAAACAAAUGUGAACGUCGAUUUGAUUGUAGAUUACAAGUUGGUUCAUGUAAAUUUUUUUUUUUCAAAUAUCUUUUCUGAAACUCAUUUUGCCCUCCUCAAAUAACUCAUUUGUGAGACAAUUCAUAUAGUGAGAGCACAAGCAGCAAUGAUCUGUAAUGGGUUAUACUGAUGUAUGCAUUCAAACGAAAGAUUCCCUACUCGUUGCUGCUGAAGUUCACUGCCUAUAGAACAGUCAAAAUCCGGUGGCUGAUACUGUUACCACCACCACCACCACCACCUUCAGCCACCGACACCCACUCAUUCAAUGGCCACAUCAACUACCUUUCCUCCCAAGGUUACGACCACCAAAUCCUCCUCACCUAUGCCUCUAUGCUCCAUUCCCAAGUUCCUUCUGAUCCCUUCACCUUCCCCGCCCUCCUCAAAGCAUGUUCAUCCCUCAACCUCUUUUCCCUUGGCCUCCUCCUCCACCAACGCAUCGUUCUUCUUGGCUUCUCCCUUGAUUCUUACAUAGCUUCUUCUUUGAUCACUUUCUAUGUCAAAUUCGGGUUCCCUGAUGUUGCUCGCAAAGUGUUCGACUUUAUGCCUCAGAGAAACGUUGUCCCUUGGACUACCAUUAUUGGCUGCUAUUCCCAUGGUGGUCGUGUUCUUGAGGCUUUUUCCUUAUUUGGUGAGAUGUGUUGCCAAGAAAUUCAGCCCACUAGUGUUACAUUGCUAAGCUUGCUAUCUGGAAUUUCAGAAAUUGCUCAAGUGCAGUGUUUGCAUGGCUGUGCGGUUUUGCAUGGGUUUAUGGUUGAUAUGACCUUGUCAAAUUCUCUAUUGAAUGUGUAUGGGAAAUGUGGAAGCAUAGAGGAUUCUAGGAAGUUGUUUGAUUACAUGGAGCAAAGAGAUUUAGUUUCUUGGAAUUCGUUGAUAUCAGCCUAUGUCCAGAUUGGGGAUCUGACUGAGGUUCUGCUGCUUUUUAAGACAAUGAGGGUGGAAGGGUUAGCGCCUGAUCGGCAGACUUUUGGGUCAGUGCUAUCUGUGGUCGCAUCAAGGGGGGAGUUGAAAUUAGGAAUGCUAGUUCAUGGCCAGAUUUUGAGAGGUGGUUUUCACUUGGAUGCACAUAUUGAAACAUCACUGAUUGUGGCGUACUUGAAAGGUGGGAACGUUGACACUGCUUUCAGAAUGUUUGAGAGGAGUUUGGAUAGGGAUGUAGUUUUGUGGACAGCCAUGAUAUCAGGCCUUGUGCAGAAUGAUUCUGCUAAUAAGGCACUGUGUGUGUUCCACCAAAUGUUGAAUCUCGGAGUGAAGGCAUCUAGUGCUACUAUGGCCAGUGUAAUUACAGCAUGUGGUCAACUUGGGUCUAUUCAUUUGGGUGCAUCCGUUCAUGGUUACAUAAUGAGGCAAGAAUUGUCAUUGGAUAGUGCCGCUCAAAACUCUCUUGUUACCAUGUAUGCAAAGUGUGGUCACUUGGAUCAGAGUUCAAUUAUAUUUGAUAGGAUGAGCAAAAGGGAUUUGGUUUCUUGGAAUGCAAUAGUUAGUGGAUAUGCACAAAAUGGCUAUGUAUGUAAGGCAUUGUUGCUUUUCAAUGAAAUGAGGAGUGAUCAUCAAAAUCCUGAUUCAAUAACCAUUGUCUCCCUCCUCCAAGGCUGCGCGUCAACUGGACAACUUCACUUGGGAAGAUGGAUACACAGCUAUGUUGUAAGAAACAUCCUUCAGUCGUGCAUCUUAGUGGACACUUCUUUGGUAGACAUGUAUUGGAAAUGUGGCGAUUUGGAUGCCGCCCAAAGGUGUUUCAACCGGAUGCCAUAUCAGGACUUGGUGUCAUGGAGUGCGAUAAUUGCAGGGUACGGCUAUCAUGGCAAAGGAGAAACUGCAUUUAGGUUAUACUCAGAGUUCCUGAAAACUGGGAUUAAACCAAACCAUGUGAUUUUCUUGUCGGUUCUAUCUUGUUGUAGUCAUAAUAGACUUGUAGACCAAGGAUUGAGCAUAUACAAAUCGAUGAGUAGAGAUUUUGGAAUUGCACCCAAUCUUGAACACCAUGCUUGUGUGGUUGAUCUCCUCAGUCGAGCAGGAAGGGUCGAGGAGGCGUAUAACCUGUACCGAAAAGUAUUCUUAGAGCCUCAUUUAGAUGUUUUAGGCAUAAUUCUUGAUGCAUGUCGAGCACAUGGUAAUAAGGAACUUGGUGAUGCAAUUGCCAAUGACAUUCUCAUGCUGAGGCCUAUGAAUGCAGGGCAUUAUGUACAACUUGCACAUUGCUAUGCUUGGAUAAACAAGUGGGAAGAAGUGGGUGAGGUAUGGAAUCAUAUGAGAUCUCUUGGAUUGAGGAAAAUUCCUGGCUGGAGUUUCAUUGACAUACAUGGGGCCAUAACUACAUUUUUCACAGAUCACAACUCACACCCCCAAUUUCAAGAAAUAGUGUUUACACUCAAAAUUUUGAGGAAGCAAAUGAUGAAAAUGGAGGAACGUUCAUUGUGUAUAUAAUACUAACAUUGUCUAAAAUGAACAAACGAAAGAGAAAGAAAGGAUGAACAGGAGCAGCGGAGAGCGUUCAUGGUGUUGAUGUCGACAGUUGGAUUCUGUCUCAUUGGUUACAUUGGCGGCAGACCACUCUAUUGGCAUCUCAACGAGUCCCUCUCCGCUGUCUCUUCUUGCCCCCCUUGCCACUGCGAUUGCUCUUUUGAACCUCUUCUUUCUCUCCCUGACGGAUUGAAUAACUCCAUUUUAGGUCAGUUCUUCUCCCUCUAUUACUACUACUUGUAGAAAAAGCUGCAGCUAUCAGAUAAUAAUGCCAUACAAAGUCACUUAUGCAAUGUGAUACACACCAUGAUCAUAGUUAAACACACAUGCAAAUAUAGCUGUUAUUAAUCACACUAAGUAGAUACGUAAUUAUCGUUCACCUAUUACACUAAGUAGAUACGUAAUUAUUGUUCACCUAUUCAACUUUCUCUUGAAUCAAUGACUUUUUCUUCAAUUGAUUUCUGCUUCAAAGAUAGAAUUAUGAACUACUAAUACACUGUCACCCCCAUCACUCACUGUGGAACUGACAUGAGCUUUUGAGAAUAACGCUUCUCCAAUACCGAAAAUAUAAAAAGAGAAAUGCUUCUCUUUAUACUGUAAUUAUCACUUUAUGUAACUGAUAACUGUACUACACGUGAUAGAUACGUAAUUAGCUAAACACAAAUAAAAUAUGGUCCUAUUAGAUUGUUACAUCCAAAUUAACUGAUUCAGCCACAGCUACCUAGGAAUAUGUUGUUACUAGGGUCUUCAAAAUCCUUGUGUGGUGUAUGCUAUUCUGUGUAUACCAAUCCCAUUUGAGGUACCAAGUAUAUGUGAAAGUAGGUCAGUAAUUGAGCAUAAUUUUGCAGACUAUGAUAAUUGAUAGAACUAUUGACAAAAAGGAAUAAAAUCUCUGCACAAGUAGUUCUCAAUUAUCCACCAAUUAUGCAGCUAAAUCUAUGCACAGGUAUAAUAUAAGGUAUCAGAAGAUAACCUUCAUUUCCUUUUAUCCUUUGAGGGCUAGCAUUUGCAUAGCUGAAAGUAAUAGGAUGCCAGCCUUUAUUCUCCAUCUUUGUUGUAGACUGGUUCCACAGGGUAUAGGUCAACGUUCUACGUUCAAGUUGACCUUCAAGACCAUGCAUCUACAAAGAAAACACAGGGAAGAACAAAGAAUA